AUGGCGACAGUACCAGCACUCCAUGAAGUGCUCGCCGACUUCGAGAACGCAACGAAUGCCGCGGUCAACGGUCUUCCCACGUCGGACUCGCUUCUCCCACCCGAAAAUGGCAUCACACUACUCGACACCAAAAAUGAAAUCUUCCUCGCAUACCUGCAAGCUCUUGCCUUGCGCAACCUCAGCGUGAUCAGAAGCAUCAAAUCAGGAAGCGACGUCGAUCAGGCGCAGAGACUGAGCAACGAUAUCACGAAAAGUUUGGUUGAGCAAAGAGUAUACCUGGAGCGAGGUGUAGGGCCGUUGGAGAAGCAGCUCAAAUAUCAAGUCGAUCGUAUCGUCAGGGCCGCAGAUGACGAAGAGCGGAAGGUCAAGCUGAAGCUGCAACAGGCAGUCAAAGCGAAUGGUCAUGCGGAGAAGAAUGAAGCAGAGGGAAGCAACGAAUCAGACUCGGAUUCAGAACUGGAUAGUGAUGCCGAGCUUGACGCAGAUUCCACGGCGUAUGCACCAAAAGCUGCGUUGAUGGGCAAUUCAGCACAAAGCAGCGCUGUCUCGUCAGCUCGCGAGAAAAGUGCCUCAGAUGGCGUGUACCGCCCACCUCGCAUAUCUGCCACAUCUAUGCCUACGACUGAAAGGAGAGAGAAGAAGGACCGCGGACCAGGUCGCUCAGCCACACUGGACGAAUAUGUCUCGACGGAACUCUCUGCUGCGCCGCUUGCUCAGCCCAGCAUUGGCUCCAACCUUGCUGCUGGAGGCAGAACAAGCAAGAACGCACGACAGCUGAAGGAGGAGGCGGAAAGGAGAGAUUACGAAGAGACGCAUCUGACCAGACUGCCAUUGAUGAGCAAGAAAGAGCGCGCGAAGAAAGGAUUGCGAAGACCCCAGGACGGUGGCUUUGGGGGUGAGGAGUGGAGUAAUUUGGGUGCUAGCCUCGAUCGCAUUGGCGACUUGACCAAGCGCAAGAGCAAGGACAGCGCCUUGGACAAGAGCCGGAAGAGGAGGGCUGUGGAGGAUGGUCCUCGAGGUGACGGCAUUGGAGCCAGCUUCGACACGAAGAAGAGGAGACUAGCGAAGAAAGGCAGAUUGUGAAUGAUC